AGAGACACUUCUACUACUCAUCCACUUCACCACCAUUGACAUGACAAACACACAACACAAGCUUCAUUCAUAGCUUUCCCGCGAAAUUCAAGAGAGUGAAAGAGAAAGAGGGUGUGCUUGUGCACGUUCGUUUUCCGUGGAAAUCUGUGUUAACUCGUUUUGGCGUUUUUGUUUAUUAUAUCUAUAUCUGCAAAAAAAUUAAAAAAAAUAUAAGCCAAUUUGAAUUAGUCAUGGUCAUGCUGGGAAAGGGAAAUGCUUGUCUCUUUCAGAGUCCAAAUGCGAGAUCUAAUUAUUGAAGUCUCCGUUCAAAGCUUCUUCUUCUUCUUCUCCUCUGUUCAAAUCUGCAGUUUUUCUUUAUUAUUAUUAUUAUUAUUAUUAUACCUUUUUCUUAGCUAUUCUCUUUGCCACUCCAAUAAUUUCUCUGGUGUGUUUUCAUUGUAGAUUUCACAUUGGUUGUUCACCACCCUGUGCAAAUUGCAGGCCAGGUUUUGCUGUGGAUUGUGUCUAUCGUUUGUUUUGUCUCAACCUGUGUCAUCAUUUUCUUCAUAAUAACUCUCCAAGUUCGUCUUUUAUUUUUAUUUUUUUUUUGAAAAAAAGAAAAUUCUCUCUCUCAAUUAUUAGUUAUUUUAUUUUAUUUUAUUACUAUUUGGGUUAGUUUUCUUUGUUGCUCAUUACUUAUUAAAUUACUGGGUUUUUGAGCUUCUUCUUGUGGGAGGAGAACCUUUCUGGGGUUUAGUAUCCGUUUCUUGCUUUAUUUUGUUAUUUAAGUUUUACUUGGUACUUGUGCUCAUGAGUUACCAAGUUUAGGAUUACUGUUUUGCACUUGAAUUUGAUGAGCUCCUUAGAAAGGUGUUCUAGUGAGAUGAGCCUUUCUUUGAGAUUUGGGGUUGGGAAAAAUUGCCAUUUUGACUUCUAGUUUUGGCAGUGGCAGUGAAGGGUUGCUCCUAGGAAGAGCAAUUUCUGUGUCUUGAUGAUGUUGUGUUAAAUUUUGUUUAUCAGUGGGAUAAAGGAUAGAGAAAUGAGUGGUGGAAGGAGGAGGAAGCUGCUUUUAAGCAAGAUCUACUCAUUUGCAUGCUGUAAGGCAUCUUUUGAGGGAGAUCAUCAUUAUUCACAGAUUGGAGGAAAAGGUUAUUCCAGAGUGGUGUUCUGCAAUGAGCCAUAUACUUUUGUUGAGGAUGGUGUUAAGAAUUUUGCAGACAAUUCUGUGAGAUCUACAAAAUACACUCUUGCCACUUUCUUUCCCAAAUCAUUGUUUGAACAGUUUAGGAGAGUGGCAAACUUCUAUUUUUUGGUCACUGGCAUCUUGGCCUUCACAAAACUUGCUCCAUACACUGCUGUCACUGCUAUCCUUCCACUGAUUAUUGUUAUUGGGGCCACCAUGGUGAAAGAAGGUAUUGAAGACUGGCACCGGAAAAAACAGGAUAUUGAGGUGAACAAUAGAAGAGUUAAAGUGCAUAAAGCUGAUGAUACUUUUGAAUAUACUGCAUGGAAGAAUCUGAGGGUGGGGAAUAUAGUGAAAGUUGAGAAGGAUGAGUUCUUCCCAGCUGACCUCCUGUUACUUUCAUCCAGUUAUGAGGAUGGAGUUUGCUAUGUUGAGACCAUGAACUUGGAUGGUGAGACAAAUUUAAAGUUAAAACAAGGGUUAGAGGUAACUUCUUCCUUACAGGAGGAUCUCAACUUCCUAAAGUUUAAAGCUACAGUCAAAUGUGAAGAUCCAAAUGCAAAUUUGUACUCAUUUGUUGGGAGCAUGGAGUUUGAAGAGAAAAAUUAUGCCCUUUCUCAUCAGCAACUUCUUCUCCGAGACUCUAAACUUCGUAAUACAGACUACAUUUUUGGAGCAGUCAUUUUCACUGGUCAUGACACUAAGGUUAUUCAAAAUUCUACUGACCCACCUUCAAAAAGAAGCAGAAUUGAGAAAAAGAUGGACAGAGUCAUCUAUUUCUUGUUUUGUAUUUUAUUCCUAAUGGCAUUUGUUGGAUCUAUUUUCUUUGGCAUUAUAACUAAAGAUGACUUUCAAAAUGGGUUGAUGAAAAGAUGGUAUUUAAGACCAGAUGGUUCUACUAUUUUCUUUGAUCCGAAUAGACCAGCUGCUGCUGCUUUAUUUCAUUGUUUGACAGCCUUAAUGUUAUAUGGGUUCUUUAUUCCCAUCUCUUUGUAUGUGUCAAUAGAAAUUGUUAAAGUCCUUCAGAGCAUUUUCAUCAAUCAAGAUAUCCAUAUGUACUACAAGGAAGCAGACAAACCAGCUCGAGCUCGUACUUCAAACUUGAAUGAGGAGCUUGGCCAAGUUGAUACAUUACUUUCUGAUAAGACUGGAACUUUGACCUGCAACUCAAUGGAGUUCAUUAAAUGUUCUAUUGCUGGGUUAGCUUAUGGCCAUGGCGCUACAGAGGUUGAGAAGGCCAUGGAUAGAAGAAAAGCUUCACCAUCAAUUUAUGAGCAUGAUAUUGAAUCAGAAGCAGAUAACAUUAGGGGUUUGCUCGAUAAAAGGGUACUCAUUAAAGGUUUUAACUUUGCUGACGAAAGAAUAACAAAUGGAAAUUGGGUUAAUGAGCCUCAUGCAGAUGUUAUCCAGAAGUUUUUUCGCCUAUUGGCAGUCUGUCAUACAGCCAUACCCGAAGUGGAUGAAGGCACAGGAAAUGUCUCAUAUGAGGCUGAAUCCCCAGAUGAAGCAGCAUUUGUGAUUGCAGCAAGAGAACUUGGUUUUGAAUUCUACAAAAGGGGUCAGACUAGUUUAUCGACAUAUGAGCUGGAUCCAGUUUCUCACAAGAAAGUUGAAAGGAAAUACAAGCUUCUCAAUGUUUUAGAAUUCAAUAGCUCAAGGAAGCGAAUGUCAGUGAUAGUGGAAGAUGAAGAAGGGAAAAUUUUGCUUUUCUGCAAAGGUGCAGACAGCACCAUGUUUGAAAGGCUUGCCAAGAAUAGGAGGGAGUUUGAAGAGAAAACCAUGGAGCAUGUGCAUGAGUAUGCUGAUGCGGGUCUGAGAACCCUUAUACUGGCCUAUCGUGAACUUGAUGCAGAAGAAUACAAGGAGUUUGAUAGUAAAUUCUCUAGGGCCAAGAAUGUAGUCAGUGCUGAUCAGGAUAUAAUGAUUGAGGAAGUAUCAGAUAAGAUUGAGAAGAACCUAAUUCUUCUUGGUGCCACUGCUGUAGAGGACAAGCUCCAAGAUGGGGUUCCUGAAUGCAUUGACAAGCUUGCCCAAGCAGGAAUUAAAAUUUGGGUUUUGACUGGGGAUAAAAUGGAGACUGCAAUCAAUAUUGGUUUUGCUUGUAGUUUGCUUAGACAAGGAAUGAAGCAGAUUGUAAUUCAUUUGGAUAGUCCAGAAAUUCAAGCACUAGAGAAGGAUGGAGACAAGAUGGCUAUUGCCAAGGCAUCAAUGCAAAGUGUCCACCUUCAGAUAUCUGAAGGUGCUGCACAACUCACUGCAUAUAGAGGGAGCUCUCAUCAGGCAUUUGCUCUGAUUAUUGAUGGAAAAUCACUUGUUUAUGCAUUAGAAGAUAAUAUGAAGAACUUGUUUCUGGAGCUUGCGAUUCGUUGUGCAUCUGUUAUUUGCUGUCGCUCAUCACCAAAGCAGAAGGCACUGGUCGCUAGAUUGGUCAAAUCUGGAGCUGGGAAAACAACAUUAGCUAUUGGUGAUGGAGCCAACGAUGUGGGAAUGCUUCAAGAAGCGGAUAUAGGGGUUGGUAUAAGUGGUGUUGAAGGAAUGCAGGCAGUUAUGUCUAGUGAUAUUGCAAUUGCACAAUUCAGGUAUUUGGAACGGUUACUUCUGGUGCAUGGACAUUGGUGUUACCGGAGGAUCUCAUCUAUGAUAUGCUAUUUUUUCUACAAGAAUAUCACAUUUGGUUUUACUCUAUUCUUAUAUGAGGUGUAUGCAUCGUUCUCUGGACAACCUGCAUACAAUGACUGGUUUUUGUCUCUCUAUAAUGUCUUUUUUUCAUCACUUCCUGUGAUUGCACUUGGAGUAUUUGAUCAGGAUGUAUCCGCUCGGUACUGCCUGAAGUUUCCUUUGUUACAUCAAGAAGGAGUACAGAAUGUUCUUUUCAGCUGGCAUCGAAUACUCAGUUGGAUGCUUAAUGGAUUUAUCAGUGCCAUAAUAAUUUUCUUCUUCUGCACAAAAGCGAUGGAGCUCCAGGCCUUCGAUGUGGAGGGGAGAACUGCUGGAAAGGAUAUACUGGGAGCAACAAUGUAUACUUGUGUAGUUUGGGUUGUAAACUUGCAAGUGGCACUAGCUAUAAGUUACUUCACCAUGAUCCAACAUUUUUUCAUCUGGGGUUCCAUUCUUUUCUGGUAUCUUUUUCUCCUGGUAUAUGGAGCAAUGCCUCCACACUUUUCUACAAAUGCUUACAAAGUCUUCGUUGAAGCUCUUGCUCCUUCCCCUUCCUAUUGGAUUGUUACAUUCUUUGUGGUGAUCUCAACCCUUAUACCAUACUUCUCAUACGCAGCAAUUCAGAUGCGGUUCUUUCCCAUGUAUCAUGAAAUAGUGCAAUGGAUAAGGUAUGAAGGGAAGAUUAAGGAUCCUGAGUUUUGUGCUAUGGUGCGGCUGAAAUCAUUGCAGCCAACAACUGUUGGUUCAACAGCACGCUUAGCUGCUAAGUCUCACCACGCUAGAGACAAAUGUUAACCGUAGAGCUGAGAUAUUUUGACAAAUUAACCGUCCAAGCUUUUAGUUUUGUGUAUGGCUUCCUGAAAAUCUGAUUUUUGUCUUUGCCUACGGUCAUGGAAUUGCUUGCUGGGUCCUCUAAACCAGAAGAAUGUUGUCUAAAUCCACUUCCAUGGUGAUUGCAUGGUGCAAGGACCAAUAUUUGGCACUGAUGCUGGAAAGAAAAAUACAACUGUAUAUCUGUUUCGGUCAGUUGGUGCUGCAAAGCAUUCAUUUACUCUUGUAUCAUAGUAGUUACUAGUUACUGUAUAGAGACGCAAUAAUUCUUUGUAGGAUUGGAUAGAGCUGCUUGGUGUUGUAGAAAAGAGUUAUACUAUUACUGAGAAGUUCUUUUUUUUUGUAAUCAUCUUAUAAAUCUUAAUAUAAGGAAUAACAUCAGCUUCAUACCUAUAGCUUGAACC